AUGAUCGCUUUGUACCAUCAGAGAUAUUUCAACACCCAAACCCUCAUGGCAGCUUGCAAGAGCAAAUCAAGACCAGCUUCCCAGGGACUAUCACAUCCAUACUACUCUUCAUUUACUAAAGACCCUACAAAUCGUCGAGCUAAAACGAUUGCAGCAAAGACGAUAGAGGUGGCUAAAAACGGUGUGGAGGGCAUUGAGGAGAAGGAAUUCACCGCAACACGAAUAAGUAAAUUUAGCAAGGCUUAUAAGAAGGGGCAAAAGCGAAGACGGGAGGCGGAGGAAGCGGGAACCAAAAGUAACACUUCAAUCCUCAAAGGCAAGAAUGCUUUACUAGAACUAGCAGCCCCUUUCAGUGGAUUCGGUUUUUAUUUUGGCAGCUUCUAG